AUGAGGCCACUGGAAGCUACACAUGGUGAUUUGGCCCCUCCUUACAGGAGGUCAACCAGCAAUACCACUGAACAUCUUCCAUUGUACAAAGCAGUGGAUAGUGGUGAUUUGGAAGCCACCAAGAAGUUCCUGGAUCAGUAUCCCAAUGCAUUGUACGGUAGCCUUUCCACGGACGGAGACACUGCUCUUCACAUCGCGGUCCUAGCCGGUCACAUAGACAUAGUCGAGGAGUUGGUGGGGCGCAUGUCGGCAGAAGAUGUAGCGGUUAAACAGAGACUCGGUUCGACGGCCCUUAAUUUCGCCGCCAUCGGAGGAGUCACGGAGAUUGCCGAGUUAUUGGUGGAAAAGAAUAGAGACUUGCUUAAGAUUUCGAAUGAUUAUGAUCAGAUCCCUCUUGUUGUUGCUGCUCUCUAUGGACAUAGAGAUUUAGUGCAAUAUCUUUACUUGGAGACUCCCAUAGAAGAGCUUGAUCCCAGAAAUACAAACCAUGGAGCUAUUUUUCUUACCGCUUGCAUUAUGGAUGAAUUUUAUGAUAUUGCUUUGGAUCUACUCCAGCACUACCCUCAACUGGCAAUUGCCGAAGACACCGAUAAAGACACAGCUCUGCAAGUAUUGGCUCAAAAACCAUCUGCAUUCCCAAGUGGAACUCUGCUUUCAUUUUGGAAGCGCUGGACUUAUAAAUGUAUUCAUUUAAAUCCGGAAAAGAUGUCUCUCAUCGUUUCGGGAGACAUCGAAAGGCCUCACGAGGGUGCACCCCAUCGAAGGAGCUUCACUAAACGAGUUCUUCACCAACUAGCAAAAAUUUUCUGGAAAGGCUUAAAACUAUCUGUACCGGGCUUUACGAGAAUAUACGAGUUAAAGCUGACACAUCUUCAAGCCAAAGAGCUUCUAACGUGCAUCUGCCGAGAGGUAUCGAAUUUGGAAGACGAGAUAAAACUGGAAGCUCUGGUGAAAAAAUCAUUAUUCCAGGCCGUCAAACAAGGGAUUGUGGAGUUCGUCACAGAGAUUAUGAAGCAUUAUCCCGAAGUGGUAUGGUUCUACGACGACAAAGACCGGAACAUAUUCUUCAUUGCGGCGGCCGAACGCCAAGAAAAGAUUUUCAGCCUUAUAUAUAAAAUGGGUGCCAAACAACACUCCCUGGCUACUCACUGGGAUAAGGACUAUAACAACAUGUUACAUCAGGCAGCGUUCUUAGCCCCUUCGUCUCAGCUCGAUCGAGUUUCGGGUGCGGCUCUGCAGAUGCAAAGGGAGCUUCAAUGGUUCAAGGAAGUGGAGAGAGUUGUGCAACCCAAGUACAAGGAGAUGAUCAACAACCAUUUCAAAACACCACGAGCAUUGUUCUCGGACCAUCAUAAGAAACUAGUGGAACAAGGGGAGCAAUGGACAAAGGACACAGCCGAGUCAUGCACCGUGGUCACCGCUCUCAUCGUUACGAUUAUGUUCUCGGCCGUGUUUACCGCCCCUGGCGGAUACGAUAACUCCGGCGUACCGAUCUACUUGAACCGAAACUCCUUCUUGGUUUUCAUAAUAUCCGACGCGUUAUCGCUUUUCAGCUCCACGACGUCGUUGCUGAUGUUCCUGGGAAUACUGACGUCUCGAUAUAGGGAAGAGGAUUUCCUGAAGACGGUGCCGACGAAACUGAUGGUCGGACUUUCUUUGCUUUUCUUCUCGCUGGCGACCAUGAUGAUAAGCUUUGGGGUGGCGUUGUACAUUGUUCUGCGGGAGAGAAUAGCGUGGGUUUCGUUUCCGAUCAUCUUGCUGGCUAGUAUGCCGAUUACUCUGUUCGCAUUUCUGCAGUUUCCUUUGCUUGUGGAGAUUUUCAUUUCAACUUACGGACCAGGAAUCUUUGACAAGCCCAAGAAGAAAUUGUGUCGGUCGGCUUCCUCCCGAUCUUCGACGCGUUGCUUUCGUUAGCUGAGGAUUGCUGCCAUCCAACAUGAU